UGGGAGUUCUUGAAGAUGACAAACUCUCAGAAAAAAACACUCUGGUUUUGAAGUAAGCCUACGCCACAAAGGGGGUAAAUGUGAAGUCAGGCUUUCCUAAAGGACUGUAAUUACAGUGGGUCCCAGACACGGCAGAAGAGCGGCCGCCUACCGCGGAGAAACUUUUUUGCUGUAAUUUGAUCAUUUGGCAGCGGCGCUCGUGCAGGCUCUCCUUUAAGCGAUGGGGGUAGCGGGACUUUUCGGAAGAUGAUCAACUCUGUACGUCGUAGCGACUGCCACAUCAUUCAGUUUAUGGACAGCAAAAUGAUCACGGUUUUAAUACUUUUAAGCUCGCUGGCGACGUGCUGGGGCGUCCCAAGAAGAUGUUCUCCGGAAGAAGCAGCGAUAGGAAGAUGCAGAACACCUGCAGAAGAGAGGCCGCAGUGUAUGGAGAUGGUGCUUGGUUACUGUCAGGAUGUGCCCUACAGCCACACCAUAUUCCCCAACAUAGUGGGCCAGCGUUCACGGCAAGAUUUAGAGAUGGGUGCGGAGUACUUGCUCUUGAGCGUGAUCCACGGCCUGCUCAAUGGAGAGUGUUCUCCAGACAUCCGUCUGUUGGGCUGCUCGGUGUUGGCUCCACGUUGUCAAGACAACAAGCUGAUGAAGCCUUGCCGCAGCACGUGUGAAAUGGUGAAAAAGAGCUGUAUUCAUGCCUUUGAGGCCAUCCAAAUGGCAUGGCCUUACUUUCUGGACUGCGACCGAUUCUUUGUUGGUGACGAGGAGGGCUGUUACGACCCACUGUCAGAGUUAAGAGAAAAGCAGGAUGUCGCCUUUGCCAACAUAUCUGAUGGUGGCGUUUUCACUGUCAUUCAGUUUACUUACCACACCAAUCCCCAGAUGUUCAGCAUCCUAAAGAAAACAGCAUCAAAAUGCUCUCAUAUCUCACAAACAUAUAGCAUAGGGCGCAGUGUGGAGGGAAAAGACUUACUGGCUAUUGAAUUCUCCAAUAACCCUGGACAACAUGACCUAUUGGAGCCAGAGAUAAAAUUAAUUGGGAACAUGCAUGGGAACGAGGUUCUGGGCCGAGAGCUGCUGAUCUACCUGGCUCAGUAUCUGUGUUCUGAGUAUCUGCUGGGCAACGAGCGAAUUCAGACCAUCAUCAACACCACACGCAUCCAUAUCCUACCCUCCAUGAAUCCCGACGGCUAUGAGAUUGCCGCUUCUGAGGUAGCCGAUAGGAACGACCCCGAAAACAUCAACCAGGAAGGUCAUGAGUACAACGGGUGGACCAGCGGUCGGGCCAACGCACAGAGUCUCGAUCUGAACCGCAACUUCCCCGACCUCACCUCCAUCUUCUACAAUCGCCGUCGCUUCAGACAUUUUCGUAGUGACCACAUCCCAAUCCCCGAGUCUUACUGGUUAAAUAAGGUAGUUGCACCAGAGACCUAUGCUAUAAUGAAGUGGAUAAGAUCCCAUCCUUUCGUUAUAUCUGCCAGUCUUCACGGUGGAGAGCUGGUCAUCUCAUACCCUUUUGACUUCUCUAGACACCCUCAAGAAGAAAGGAUGUACUCCCCAACACCAGAUGAGCAAAUUUUUAGGCAGUUGGCCAGGACGUAUGCAGAUGCCCAUGCCACUAUGUCUAACAAUGACACAGAGAGAUGUGGAGCCUCAUUUGCCAGUAAAGGAGGCAUCACCAAUGGAGCUCAGUGGUAUAGCUUUGCUGGAGGGAUGUCCGACUUUAACUAUCUGCACAGUAACUGUUAUGAGAUCACUGUGGAGUUGGGCUGUGAUAAAUUCCCCUCUGAGGAGGAGCUCUACCCCGAGUGGCUCAGGAAUAAGGAGGCGCUUCUCAGCUUUAUGGAGUUUGUCCACAGAGGUAUAAAGGGCAUUGUGAAAGAUGUACAUGGAAAUGGCAUAAAAGGAGCCACGAUAUCCGUUAGAGGGAUGCGACAUGACAUCACUACAGCUGAAGAUGGUGAUUAUUGGAGACUGCUGAAUCCCGGUGUCCACAUUGUGACUGCAGCUGCCUCCGGCUACUCUAAAGUAUCUAAGCGCAUUCAUCUGCCGAGGAACACGCAGGUGGGCCGGGUGGACUUUGUGCUGAAGAAAGUCCCGCGAGAACCCUCUCUUGACUACUUUAACAUCCCUGAGCUGGACAACUAUGAGCGUUUUGACCCAUUUAAUCAGUUUGAAGAGUCCAGCCGGAGGGAUCUGGGAGAGAAUGGGGAGGAGAGGACUGAGAAGCCCUGGUGGUGGGCUUAUUUCAGCCAGCUGGGCACGUCUGCACCUACCUGGCUCCUGCGGAACUACUAGGGACCCUCCAGAAACCACAGGAGAGCAAUCUGAUACCUAACUGUUUGCACCCAGGCAUUACUUGAUGAUGGGCAAUGUGAUGAACACUAUCUCUUUAUGACAUGCAAAAUGUGCAGCUAACCACUGGGUCUGGUGAAGGCUUUAUAGACUACCAUCAAAAGUUUGGAAUAAGUACUUUUUUCUUAUGUUCACCAAGUCUGCAUUUAUUGGAUCAAACAUACAUUAAACACUAGAGUUGUAAAGAAAUAUUACAGUUCAGUAUAAUUGGGUUCAGUUUUAGUAUUUAAAACGUAAUUUAUUCCUGUGAUGCAAAACUAAAUUUCAGCAUCUUUACGCCGGUCUUCAUUGUCACAUGAUAGUUCGCAAAUGAUUCUAAUAUUAUGUGUGAGAUCCAUAGUAUGUUUUUUAGGAUUCUUUGAUGAGUAGAAAGUUAAAAAGAACAGCAAAUCAGCUAUUAGGAUCAUUUUUGAAAGAGCAUGCGGCCCUGAAGAUGCUGAAAAUUCAGCUUUGCCCAUCACAGAAGUAAAUUGCAUUUUAAAAUAUAUUACAUUAAAACAAGCAUUUGAACUGUAGUAAUAUUUCAUAUUAUUAUCAUUUAUAAAUUGCUUUGGUGAGCAUAAGAGAAUUAUAAAAAAAUAACAACAACAACAACUGUGUUUUAGGCUGAUAGUGUCAAAAUUCACCCGUAAGUAUGAGAAAGACCACCCAAACCACCCAACUGCAGCUAUAAACAGCUUAUUCUGAUAAAGUUUGGCAGCUAGAUAUGGGAUGGAUAUCAAUGCAUAAUAAAUAGUAAAUGAUAGCAUUGCUGUGGUUUUACAGUCUGUUAUGUGUUAUCAGGGCAUAUAUGUAUAUGUAUAAUUCUUUAUAUAGCAUAUCAGGGACGUUCAGUGCCUUUUAAGGCUGUUGUCAAUUUGGUAAAUGUUUUAAUUAAGGUAAAAAACAAACAACAACAACAACAAAAAAUAAUGAAGGUGUUUUCCCCCAUUUGUUCUUGAUAUAGUCCUUCAAACAUGGACUGAACAUCAGGUGUGCAAGACAAAUCUAUUUUUUUUUUAAAUAUUCCAUUCAUUGCACAUUAGAACCAGUAUUCCUAAUUUCAAGAAUUAGCAAAAAAGAGAUAAUAAAAAGGGAAGGGUUAGAAAUCACGUUAAUCCCCUUUUGGUGGUGUUAAGUAGGCCUACAUUUUACUGAAUAAAUAAUAUUACCUGCACAUUGUGGAUCAAUUCAUACAUUAUAGAUAUUCAUAAGCUUCUGUUGCAGUAUUCAGUUUUAGUAGUGUUCAGGUAGUUUUACAUAGGUAGGAUGCUUCACGGAGUUAUAGCAUGCCUCCUUAAACCACUAGAUGGCAACAAAGCCUGUAUAAUGUUGAAUUUCAGCUCUAUCUAACUUUAACGUCCAGCGGAAGUGUAGGCUGCUGCAGACGUAUUGAACGUUUUUCGGUUGCUUGUAAAAUGCUUUCCUUAAAAUCUGGAAAUGUCGCAAAUUUAAAAGUUUUAAAUUAGAAAUGAAGGCUUUUACAAAUCAAGAAUUUUUACAUGGCCGAUGCUGACCUGGGUAUCCAAUUAAUUCCAAACUCAAUGCUACUAACCCAUACGCAAAUGCAAUAUGUGUAAAUGCAUUCAAUUUCGAUAUAAUAGGAACCAAAAUUUUAUAUGAAAUGUAUGAAACCUAGAAAUUUGAACAAAUCCAUAUGUUAAUAUGUGUGUCAUUUGUACACAUGUGUCCGUAUCUAUCUUUGUAAAUCCUAAAACCCUUGAUAAAGUGUUCAUUGCUUCA